AUGCUGCCGCACCGAGUUCCUGUGGCGACGACCUGGAGACAGCGCGCAAUGCCGCGUCAGCGGGUCCUGUACCGCGUGCUGUGCGUCCUGAUUGUGGUAACGGCUCUUCAGACGCUUCGAUUCGUGUAUAGCAAGUGCGACACGCGUGCGCCCAUGUCAGUGCUGCUGACCAAAACGUCGCGGAUCCUCCAGCACCACGACGUCGAGUACUGGCUGGACAAGGGCACGCUGCUUGGUGUCCAUCGCGACAAAGCGCUGAUACCGUGGGAGUACGACGUGGAUCUGGGCGUCAUGAACGCCACGUGCAGUUCGAUCGCAGCGCUAAAGAGCGAGUUCGAAGCUGUUGGGCUCGCGGCGUAUGACCGCGAAGACGAUAUCCCGCACAAGGUGAAGCUCACGUACGACACGGAGAACCACGAGUUGUACUGGUCGGACUCGCGGCUGCAUGAUCCGUGCAUCCGCGUGUAUGACACGACGGACGUCAGCACGUGGGUGGACAUAUACUGGUACGUAGAGCUUACGCCCGAAGAAGUGGUAGCUGAUCGCACAAACGUGCUGGUGCCGCCGGGCUAUAAUGGCAGCGACAGCCUCGUGUGCUGCUCCGAGGGGCUGCAAAACCAUACGGAGCACAUGUGCUGUGGUGGCUGUGUGCCGAAAAGCUCGCUGUUCCCACUACAGCGCAAGCGCGUGAACGUACCUGACGGCGUCGAGCCUGUCCAGGAGCAGCCAGUACCAGCGGCAGUGUCACAGUAUCUGUCGAUCCAGUACGGUGAGGACGCACUUACAAGUCGUGAGAUCAAGGGAUGGAAGAGCGUAGUGUGUGGUUUCUGGACACGUCCGCUGCUAUUCCUGGUGCAUCUCGUCCUGCUCCUGAGCUUGUCGCUCGGUUUGGCAGUAUGGUAUCGACGCGGAUGCGUUGCCACAGGCUCCACGAAGAGGAGGAAGCUCUAA